AACUCUUUUGAAAACUUUAUUUUUCAAAUAUGCAUCUAUUCAAAUCAUCCCUUCUUUUAUUGAUUGUUAUUUUUGGAUGUGCUCAUGCAAAGUUUCAUACUCAUUUUUAUAAUUUCCUUCUUGGGAAAUUUGGAAAACCCAUUGCUGAUGAUUUAUUGAGACCCGAUCUCGGAACGAAAGGAUCUUUUGGUGGAGGCAAUCCAAAUGCAACGGGUCUUCCAAUUGUGGUAAUUCACGGGUUGGCUGGAUACGCUGGAUUAUCAAAGAAAAGUUUAUUGAACAAAUACUAUUCGUAUGGGCAACCAAAGGGAACUGUAUUCGCAACAACAUAUGCAAGAGGAAAGCUGAUGGACUCAUUGCAACACGGAAUGCAAUGCGAUUAUGUGUUGAAGGUUCGCACUCUCAUUCUUGCUGUUCAUGAAUACACUCAGAAACCAGUAAACAUCAUUGCUUGCUCCAUGGGAUCUCCAAUUACCAGAAAAGCUAUUCUUGGAGGACACUGUGUUGAUAGUGGAGUCAAUUUGGGACGCCCAAUUAAUCAUCUAAUUCAUAAUUAUGUUUCUGUUGGUGGAGCAAAUCACGGAGCUAUUAUGUGCGCCAAGCAGCCAUUUGUGAAUGGAAUCUGUAGUUUAACACAUGGUUUGGAUUGCCGUUCCAAGUUCUUACAAGAGAUCAACUCACAGCCGUUCCAAUACGGAAAGAACAUGUUCGCCAUUUAUUCCGUAGCUGACGAAGUUAUUGGACUCAGAAAUACGUGUGGAGAGAUGUCCUCACCAUUAGAAGGAGCCACUUCAAUCGUCAAAACUAGACUAAUGCAUGGAGCAGUUAUUGGUGGAACUACAGAAGAUCAAUGGAGGGCUCUUCAAACCUCAUAAAAACAAAAUCUCACCAAAAAUACUAAUUGACAUCAAAUUUCACUUGUGAUCUCUUUAAUUUCCUUGUUUAUAUUGAUUCGAACUCGUUGCUUUCAUUCAAAACUUUGUGUGUAUAUUGUUCAAAAGUUUAAUAAAUCAGUACAAUCGUUG